GCCCCUUCGGCCGCCAUGGCGCCCGUGAAAAAGCUUGCGUCGAAGGGUGGCAAAAAAAAGAAGCAAGUUCUGAAGUUUACUCUUGAUUGCACCCAUCCUGUGGAAGAUGGAAUCAUGGAUGCUGCCAACUUUGAACAAUUCUUGCAGGAAAGGAUCAAAGUGAAUGGGAAAGCUGGAAACCUUGGGGGAGGCGUUGUGACCAUCGAGAGAAGCAAGAGUAAAAUCACUGUAACCUCAGAGGUUCCCUUUUCUAAAAGGUAUCUGAAAUACCUCACCAAGAAGUAUCUGAAGAAGAACAAUUUACGUGAUUGGCUACGCGUUGUUGCAAACAGCAAGGAAAGUUAUGAAUUACGUUACUUCCAGAUUAACCAAGAUGAAGAAGAGGAGGAGGAUGAGGAUUAAAUACUCUUGGGUCUGGAAACAUUUUGUAUAUUCCUGAAUAAAAAAUGGGAAAAAACUGGUGGUUAACUCUUUUCUGGCUACGUAUGGAAAACACAGGAUGAUGAUGGGAUUUUUCGCUGGGCUUCUCUUUCUCUGCCACUGUGUGGAUGUUCCAGUUAUUCUCAAUUUAUCGUUUCCAUAAUUUUAAAGUCAUUUGAAAUGAUCUGAUGCUGAAGUGAUAUUAUAUACCUGGGGACAGUCUUCUAUUUCGAAAGAUGGAGACAUGAGCUCUUCAUAAGAACGUAAAAUGUCAUGCUGGGUCAGAUGGGUGGGUUAUCCACCUCAGUAUUAUUGUGGCACUGACCGACCGAAUUUUAACCUGCCAUUGUGUGGCGCUUAGCAAGUUCUAACAGGCUCUUUCUAAGGGCUCAACUGAAGAAUAUGAAUUUGAGGAAAGAUAAGGGGACUUCUUCAUGGGGGCGUGGGUGGAGGGGCCUUCAAUACGGAGUGGAGUGAGCCAUAUGAGCAGAAGUGCUUACCAGCCCUCUGAGGUCUGUGUUUCCUUCUUUCUGAAUAGAAAUUAGACCUGGGAUGCUUGUUAGCUAUCUGGCCACCCAAAGAGGUGGAUUCAGAAUUUUGAAUGUACUGCUUGUCCUUUAACAGAGCGGAAUUCGGGGAGUGCCUUAAACUGAACUGUAAGUGUAAAUCAGCUGUUGUGUGGAAAUGAAUGAACAGAUGCCGCAUGGGAAAGUCCUGCAGUUUACCUUGUUUGCUUGCAUAAUCGCCUCCACCACUUAGUUCACCCAAUCAGUGGUUUUUUGAGUGCUUACUGUACACAGAGCACUGAACUAAGCACCCUUCCCAGUUUUAGAGGUGGAAAUCAAAAGAUUUUUGUAAGCCCCAAUAGCGGACAAGGGUAGGGUUAUGAUGCCCUGCAGCUGUGGAGAUAAGGUUACAUUAAAUAGUUCACGGGGUUCAUUUUAUAUGCGGCACUUGGGAGAAGGCUACAAAUGACCCCCUUUCCUUUUUUUAAUGGUAUUUGUUAAACGCUUAGUAUGUGCCAGGCUCUGUACUAAGCGUUGGGCUCUCUUUUUCCUCUCUGCAUUUUCCCCCGUUUUUCCUCUUAUUUUUAGACUUAAUUUUCAGUGCAAUAGCCCUUUCCCUUCUGGUUUGCAGAAAUUAUGCAAAAAUAUGAGGCCCGUAUAGGAGUAAAUAGGGUAUUGUGCAGCUGCAGGCAGUGGCAACCAGUCGGGGGAACUCAAGAUGAGCCCAGAAGAAUUCUUCCUGGCUGGGUGGGAAAGCCAAAUGAUCAUUCCUCUGUGUACAUGUAUGUGUACAUGCACAAUUGUACAGUGGGGACAGUGUAUGGGAGUGAAGGAAAUAGGAAGUCAGAGUAUUGGGCAAAGGGAGAUAAUCAGGGACCCGUAGUUUUGGCAUAUUAACUGAAACACUAGGUUAUUUGGUUACUUUAGAUGGGACAAUCUAGAAGUAUAUUCCUGCAUUAAUACCUGGGGAAUAGAACAGGAUAUUCUGAACUUGGGAUUUUCUGUUGCUGUAGACAUCGACUCCAGUAAUGGAAGUGGUAUUAGAAGUCUGAUGGUCUACUCCAUAGGGACAGAAUAACAGGGCUUUGAUGACUUUGAAAAGCUCUGUGAUGCCUCAUGAAACCUUUUUAAAUCUAAGAAGAAUAUUGUAAUGUUACUCGUGCUUUCUGUUGUUUCCUUCCCUCUUUGCAACCAGGGAUGCUUGCAUGUGGAAAUGGGGUGUUUAUUGUGCGCAGGCCUGUGAUUUCCUUGCUGGCCUGCCGCUAAGCAGCAUAGCUGAAGGCAGAAAACGGAAAUGAUCCCAAGUUAGUAGGAAGAUGGAGUGCGCAUUCUAAAGGUCUCUGUCUAGCUCUGCCUUCUGUGAGGUUGUGAUAAUCAAGUUGAGAUUAGGACUAGUUCCACCCUGACAAGGGAUACACAACCUUCCCUUUUCACUCAAAUGCCUUUUAAAGCAGAGCUGUUGCCACCCCUCUCUCCAUCUGAAAUAAAAGGAUUUUCCAAAUGCAGCAUGUCAUCUGCUGGACUUAGGAGGAGCAUUACCUACUUUGCCAUGAUUAUUAAAUUUCAUUUCUUUUUGUCUCAGUAUGACAGUUCAACGUUUCCAUUAUAGUGACGUCUCAGUAUGUUCAUGCUUGAAGCUGGCUCUUCAGAAGGAUAUAGUUUGUGAAAAUUAUGUGUUGAAAAUUGGUUAACAAGACAUUUUUCCUAAAAGAAACAUCCCAUGUUUUUUGAACUUGUAAUGAAAGCAGACUUCACUGAAAUUUCCUUUUAGAUGCCUUUUUGAACUCUUGUAAUUGGGAUGAUGGAUUACAUUUUAUAUUAAAGUGGCUGAAAUUCA